AUGGCUCCAUGGCCAUCGCUCGGUCGGAGAUCACCCUGGCUAUUGGCUGGACUGCUCGCUUCGGUCAUCGCUCUCCUCGCCAUCCCCAAUCUCCCGCUGCUGGUCGCUGGCUCAGAUGCCCGUGGCUCAGAGUUGGGCAAGCAGGCUGGCCACCGCAAUGUUGCCACCGUCGCCGCCCUCACAUCCAUCGCCUUUUGGAUCCUUAACUUUGCUGUCAAUGGCAUGAUGGAUCCCAUCCGCGCACUGCUCGCUGAUCUGGUGCCGGACAGCAGGCUGCAGAGGGCCAAUGGCUGGUGCUCGGCAAUGUGUGGCAUCGGCGCUCUGGCCUCGGCAGGCGCAGGCUUGCUUCCGUGGGGGGAGAUCUGGCAUCCGCUCGGUGUCGGCUUUCGCGGAUAUGGCCGGUUCUACGCCCGCGGCUACGGAAGCGUGGUCAAGGCGAAGCAGAGCACGGUUGGCCCGGCUCUCCUCGCCGACGGCAGCAGCCGCCGCGAUGGCGGGGAUGACCGCGAGGGUGACGGGUCGGACACGCCGCUGCUCGUGGCGCCGGUGAACGGCGACGUCGAGGUUGUGGUCAGCGGCGCCAUCAAUUCUGACGGCGUCGACAAUGCCGAGCUGGGGAACCGCACGCUAGCCGCCAAGUGGGCCCACUUUGCCGCGGCGUUGCGGGCCAUGUCGCCGCGGACUCGCGCGCUGUUCCGAGCCGAGGUCUUUGUCUGGUUUGCGCUCAUGUCGUACUGGGUCUACGCCACGGUGUUUAUGGCGGUGGUGGUGGCCGGUGGCUCGGACGACGCGCCGGCUGGCUCUCCGCAGCAUGAUGCGUACCACCGCGGCAUCCGGUACGCGCUCAUCUCGUAUGCGCUGGGCGCGGCGCUGCAGGCGGUGGUGGGUGGCGUCGUGGUCCCGCUCGCGCUUGGCCGGCUCGGCAUUGCGCCGCGGUUUGUGUACGCAGCCGGUGCGCUGGUCCUUGGCAGCUCGAUGCUUGUACCUGCGGUGGUCAUCCGAAGCUCGUCGCUGGUGGCGUCUGCGCUGGUUCUCGCGCUUGCGCCGGUUGGGCUGGGCGUCAUGCUCGCAGUGCCAUACGCAGUGGUGCUGGGUGAGCCCGAGGGCGCGGCGGCACCCGGUGUGUAUGCUGGGCUCAUCGCUGCCGUUCACGCCGUCUCUGAGCUCCCUGUGGCGCUGGUCAUGACGCCGCUGCUCCAAGCGAGCGGGCACGGGUCGUCGGCGGAGAUCCCGAUGGUGGUCGGCGGAGCGGCAGCGUGCGUGGGGAGUGUACUCGCGCUGUGGAUUCCGCCGCAAGCUGGCGGAGCGGCGUGA